UUUGUCAAGAAAAUGUCACUUUUAGGCUGAAAUUUUUCUAAAUUUAUACAUUUUGACCGUCUAAAUUUUCAGUUUCUGAACCAGGACUUUUAUUUUUCCUUCCUUAGAAUGGUGUGCCGCUUCAACCCAUUUUAUAUUGGUCCCACGCCACCCAGCUGUUGUACGGAUCUGAAACCCGAGUGCGACUGCCCACCAUGCUCACCAGAUACAGGGUAUCAGGAGCCUCGACCCGUUCAUGAGGAGUGCAACAAGGGUGUGUCCAAGAAGGAAACCAAGGAGAGCAAGUGCAAUCCCCCAUGCAUAGAAGCCCCCAAGAAGGAAAGGAAGGAAAAGUCCAAGAAGUCCGAAAAAACAGAUACCAAAACCAAUAAGUAAAAUGAGUUUUUAAUAGAAAUGUUCCAUAAAAAUAA